CGCAUGCAUGCGUUUGUUUUGGUUAGAAGUGGAAGAAUAUCUGUGCUCUUGACGGCUGAGUCAUCAUUAUAUUUGCUGCAGAACGUUUAAAAUAAGGAUUCUAAAUCUUUGUUCGUAUUCUGGGGUAGUCUAUUGUGCACAUAGUGACUGUUGGACGUUCGCGGUGACACUGAUUCUGGACUGAGUGUCCAAAAUUUGUAGGAUCGUGAUCAGCUGAUUCAUGAAAUCGAUUUCCUCGUCGUGUCUGGUUUGACAGCAGGAAAUGUACAGACAUGCAUGGCUGACAUUUUCAACAUACUGUUUCUUCUGUUUGUAGGGCACUUACUAUAUACUGGUAUAUUUCAAUGACGUUUAGUCUUAAAGCGUAGUAGUGCAUAGUGAAAGUGAUUGGACAAUACAAGCAUAAUAUUCAUAAUCUGAAUCAAACUUAUUCUGGAUUUGACUAUUUAUUGUGAACAUUGAAAGUGUGAGCGUUCCUAAUGCCUGUGACUGUUGUGAAAGUCAUGGCAACUGAAGCUGUCUGUCCGCACCCUGAUCACCCUCAGGUCAUUUCGCCAAUACCUGAUGUCAAUGUCCCGGGUGCAGAAGGGCGAGGUAUUGCAAAAAGGAGGUUGUCUGCAGUGAGUCUCCCACCAUUGACGAUUCCGGGUGGUGUCAGUCCAACUGCUACACUACACAUUAGUCCGGCUGCUUUGUUGAGUUCUGGCAACAGCCCGUACAACCCGCGAAGUGAGGAGAGUGACGUUGUGCGCGAAGGACGGGAGCUGUUUGGGAACUUUGUGAAGGAGGAGAUGAAAAUUGAAGGACUGGAUGUGACAAAAGAAGUGGAGAAAUGCUUUUCACCAUCAUACAGCACUCCAGUUGGUUGCAGACAUUCGGCGUGGGCCAAAGCUGGCAAGGAGUUGCGAGAAAUGGCAGAUGCCUUUUCACGAACGAAAGAAAGGCAGAGGGUGAAAAAGAGAGCACAAGAUAUUGAAGUUAAUGAGAUCACAUUUGACCAAUUUCAAGAUCUUCUGUCCGAGCUGUUUCACUGCAAUACAAUCACACGCGAGCGCAUUGUCGUCCUCUUCUUUUUCUGCUCUGAUCUUGCCAUUCGGACGUUCCGCCUUCAGAUGAACUAUUUUGAGAAGUUUAUUCAAUGGUCAUUGAAGUACAUAGCGGAAAGAGUGUGUGAAUGGGUAAAAGGUCGAGGAGGAUGGUCUGUUGUACUGGGCAGCUCUCUUCAAUCGUUUAAGCAGCUCGGCAUAUUCACAGCUCUGGCUGUUGCCUCCAUUUGUUUCAUACGGUAUAUUCGGCAUCAGUCCUAGACCAGAAGAUAUUGCUGUAACUACAUGAACUGGCCAGUGUCGUUGUUUGGUAAAGAGGUAUUUUUCACUUUGAAAGACACUCACUUUGGAACAAAAAUGGUGCCAUUGGAUUCUCAAAUUGCUGUAGAACCUCAUCUACAAAGGACUCACAGACUUAAAAUGUUCAUCUUUAGGCGUAACUGGGAAUGAAGAGUGAUGAUAGUUCAUGUGGAGUCUGGUUGUUGCAAUAUCAAAAUUAGUAUGUUUUUUGGUAAGACUGUUCUUUUCAAGAAAAUGGUCUUAUAUUUUGGACCUUACCCACUGUUUGGGUGUAUAUGAUGUAUAGUUAGGUUUGACAAAGCUGUUAGCUGCCAGUAUCUUGCUCAGUUUUAGUCUCAAAGUGAACAGAUGGUAAGGUUAUCGGUUAGGCAAAUCUGCAAGCCAUAUUAUCAUACAAUGUGUAGAUAUAGACUUCACCUUGCUCGAGUGAUGAUUUGCCUUGGAAGUCCUGGAAGUGGGCAAGAAAACUACCAGGACUUCCACUCAACAUCGGGCCGAGUUAAAACAACAUUUCCAGAUUUUAUAUCCAAUUACGCAUGCGCAUUAAUAAGUAACAAGUGUAUACUUGUUCAUGCACAUGCACAUUUUUGAUAAUAUGGCCUGUAAAAGGUAAAAUGUGACCCUCUCAUCAGUAAAACUGUAGUUUGAUUGACAGCUUUGAUUGACAUAUGGUUGAUUAAUUGAUUGAUUGAUUGUGCCAUUAACUUGGCAUCCAUCAACUGAGAUGGCUAAAUAAGGUAAUUGGUUCGGGUGAGUGGGUUACUUCACUGAGACAUCACAGGGGUAAACAAACGCAUUGACACUUACAUGUGUAGGCCGAUCCCAAGUAAUGGACACGCCAUGAGUCAUUGGCAUGUUUAACAAUGGAAUAAUGUUUAUCUCUGUAAAUGUCCAUAGUUAGAUAUUGUAGUGCCUUGAUAUUCUCAGCGUCCAAAUUAUGUUACAGUUUUCCUUUUCAAGUACAAUUCUCAAAAUGACACUGUUUUGUCUUCAUAUUCAUGUUAGUCAUAGUUGUCAUUGCCAACAUGGUCACUGAGAGAUCUCUCCAAGGUUUGGGUGUUGACUGCUCUAUACUCACUCCCUUUCAUCGUUUCAACAUUUUUUUGUUCAUCAAGCAAAAAAAGGUAUGUCUUUGUAAAUACAGUGUUUGUACAAAUAGGCUGUAGUUCAGUAGUCAGCUUAGGUGUUUUGCUGUGUGGCAGUGGUUGUUUUUGUAUAUCAUGGUUGUAAUUGAAUUUAUGAAUUUAUCAUAUGUUAAUUUUUCAAAUAUUGCAUUUUAUUGCUCAUAUGUACAUUUUCUACAUGCAUUUUGAUUAAUUUUCUUGGGCAAAGCGAUGAAUUUUUAUACCCAUAUCAUUGUGUUCACCACCAUACUAUCCUGAUCAUGCCAAUCAAUCACUAACCCAUGAGGACGGUCAUCUAUAUUUUUCAUAUAAUGGAAGUUUCAUGGCUUUGUUGUGACAUUUCCAAUUGUUUCAAAUUUGAUUUCGUUAAGGGAUAUUCUGGAAGACAAAUCUUUGUUUCCAGAAGAAAUUUAUCAUCAAUACAGCAAUCUGCAAAGUCGUACAACAAGUACCUGCAGUUCAGGAACGCUGCUCGCUUGAUCGUGAAACUUUCAUUGAACACCAGUUGAAUUAUGAUUUUUAUGCAAGUUUUCAAUUGAUGAUCCAUUUUUGAAUGUGGAAAUGGUUAUUUAUUUUCGACUUGCACUCUACUAGCACUUGAUGGUAUAAAAUUAUUUCUAGUUGGCAAUUCUGGCUCUUUAUAGUACAAAAGUUCAUGAUUUUAUGUCCUGCUAAAAAUUGAUUGGUAGGUCAAAAGUAACAUAGAUGCACAACAUUCUACAGUCACUUGCAUGAAGAACAGUGAGGGGUCUUACUUCUGACCAGCACACUCGUAGCAACAUAUCAAAAACCUGAGAAUCCUAUUUAUUGGUUUUUUGCUUGAAAUCCAAGUGGUCCCCUUUUAAUAUUUUGUGGUGAAGGCCACUCCCUGUAGCACUUUAUGUUGUAUCGGUCCUUGUCACAUAGGGUGUGCUUCCAUUCUAGGUUGUCUGAGCUCAUACCCAACCCACUUAUGACCCUCCGUUACGAAACCGACCACACGUUCCAGAUAUCUGUGCUUGUUUUUUUAAUGGGCGGUCACAUUUCAGGAGUGAAUUAGGACUUAAAUGACAAAAUUAUAUUAGAAAUCGCAGUCUUUUGUAGAAUAGGGACAUUUAAGGAGAUGAGAAUUCAUGAAGAAAUCGGUAUCACUAAAAAUCUGUGGGAGCAGUGAAAAUCUUAUAUCAGCACAUUAGAUUGGGGAACUUUUCUUUGGGCCAGUGCUGUAAAAUGAGUUCAGAUACCAGACAGAUGAUCAGGAAGCUGCAGAUCGUCACAAUUGUACAAUCUACCUGUCUUCCAAUGAAAUCUUUUUGAAGAUAUUGUAUAAUAUCCACUGUCGAUUACGCACAAACAGCACAAGUGGAUAGUAAUUUUAUUUCAUGUAAAAGUUGAUUUAUUGACUUAUUUGAGUUUUGUAAGAUCGGCCACCUGGCAAUUUAUUUGGCAGCUUGUCAGGGUACUGUUGUUUCUAUUGCUUAUGUAUAGUCAUUUUCAGUCCAGCUGAGCUCAUUAAUAAAGGUUAUGGUCUCUUUUUUAGUUCAGAUUUUAAUGCAUCCUUACAACAGAAAUUGUAAAUGCCUUCUAUCAGGUCGGUUAUAAAUACAAUAUUUCCCAUUGAUCUUCUGUUGUUAUUUUCUUCAAAAAAUGGUUGGUUCAUAUCACUAGAACACACACAGUAGUUUGCAGCUGCAAGGAUACCCUUGGGGAAAAUGUUGUACUUAAUUGAGAGGUGCCCUGAUUACCAUCAUCAAAUUGAUUUAAGAUGACCAAUUCUAAACCAAAUCAGUGUCCUCAAUAGUAGUGAAGGUGUCCUGCUCUGUCAUGCUUACCCAGAGAUGUUCAACUGUACUUCCUUAUAGUUGCAUUUUGUCAUACUGUAAACUGUGAAAUUUUCGCAAAGCUAAAUAUUUGCUCAUUUUAAGUUGGUGGUAGACUAAAUAUCGGGUUUUGUUGCCAAAAUUUAAUACAUUACAGGUGAAAGUUCUGCACUUUUUAAGGUCACAUAUGACACUGUGCUUUUACGAAAAUCUGCAGUUGACAGUAGGCCCCUUUAUGGUUGUCACAGUACUAAACAUAUCGUAUAUAUAGUGCUAUAAUUUAUGGGGUUGAUAUCAAAAUAGUAAUACUGUUAUUAAUUUAUCAUCAAGUGCUUUGCAUUCUGCUUUUGUAGUUUGUUUGAUGCAUCUGGGUAAAACUUUUUUGAUUGUGUUACCAAUUAUUGUUUUGGAAAAUAUUUUGUUUUCAUGGUGACACCAAGUUUCAAACUUGAUGAACAUUUUACAAAUAAAUGUUAUGAAAUUAA